CUCUUAGUUACAUUAUGAUUCAAGUCGAACAGGCCAAAACUUUGGCUCCGGUUGUUGCCAGUACAACUGUAGCUUUGUACUUAUCUUACAAGAUCAUACAGUCUUUACUUCAUGACAAAAAGAAGUUUACUAAAGAAAUUCCAGUCCCUGGCUCUUCUUUGCCUUAUGUGGGCCACAUGUUCUCUUUAGGAAAUAUGCCUUUUGAGACAGUCUCCCAAUGGCAUAAAAAUCUUGGCCCAAUCAUCCAAUUUCAUAUGGGUGUUCAAACUUGGGUUUCCAUCGAUAGUCCAGAUUUGGCACACAAAGUUAUGGUGACUAACGGAAGCAAAAGUUCACAAAGAAAUGAAAGUGAGUUUGGUUUUAAUUUGUACAGUUUUGGAGGAAAAGGUAUUGUGCACUCACAGCCGAACGCUGCCUGGAAGAAAGCCAGAGGUGCAGUCGCUGCAGCUAUUGCUCCUUCACAGAUUGAUCUUCACAUGUCUUCUAUUCAGAAUGAGGCCAGAAAGUUGGUAGAUAUACUUAUAGAUACCUCUGAUAAGACUAAGGCAGGUAUCUUUCCGUUUCAAGAUUUGCAACUGUACAUUAUGAACACUGUCACAUUGAUUGGGUUAGGAAAGAGCUUUCCUAAUAAAGACGAUCCAAAGUUUAUCGAGUUAGCACAUACAAUUGACGAAGCUUUUAGACUUAGUGGUGUGGAUUUUGAUUUGGCUAGCUAUUUGCCAAUUUUUAUUAUCUAUGAUUACUUUAAAGGUGUUCGACAAACAUUUAAGCAUUUUGUAACGGAAAUACGCGACCCUAUGUUUGAUGCCUUAAUUAAAGAAGCAUACGAUGCCGAAGGACCUAACCUUGUCAAGUAUCUAAAGGAAAAUAACUAUGAUUUAUCUGAGGAAGAAACUAUGGUUAUCCUUUCGGAUAUAAUUGGCGCUGGAACAGACACGAAUUCUGUGUAUCUAUGUUGGACAAUUGGCAUUAUGUGUCAUUAUCCAGAGGUUCAGGUGAAAAUUGCUGCUGAAAUUGAUAACUUUAUCGAGCGUCAUGGUCGUCUUCCUUCUUUCAGUGACAGAUUAGAAUUACCCUUUUGUGUCUCUACCAUGAAAGAAUGCAUGAGAUAUAAGCCAAUCACGGCUUUUGGCAUCCCUCAUUUAGCUAAUGACGACAUUGAGGUGGAUGGCUAUAUCAUUCCCAAGGGUGCCACUAUUAUCUCCAACAUGAUGAGUAUGCACAAAAAUCCAGAGGCUUACCCAGACAGACCCAAUGAAUUCGUUCCUGAGAGAUUUAUGAAUGCUUUGGAAACGUCUUCUGCUGCAUCCAAGGGUAAAGUAGAAGACCGUGAUCAUUUCAAUUUUGGAUGGGGAAGACGUAUUUGCCCUGCAAUUCAUAUGGCUGAAGUAGAAACGUUUAUUGGAUUUGUUGAAUUGAUGUCUCGAUGCUUUAUUGAACCUGGUGAGGAUGGUAUGCCUGACAUCAACAAAGCUGAAAAUGGUGGUAUAUCUAUUCUGCCAUCUCCUUACAAGGUUAAAUUUAUAAAUCGUAAAAACUAACAAUAAAAUAAUUCCUUUAAGGUAUUAAGACCAGGAUUUAAAUACAAAA